AUGGGGCUUGUUUGUGUUAAAGGUACGUCCAUUGAUGUUGUUGUAGAAGGCAGUGGUGGUGUCUGCAAUACAGGGCAUUCCAAUGAUGAUGGGGUGGAUCGCAGUGGCGGUGUUUGUGAUGAAGGUUAUCAUGCUAUUAAUUUGGACCCGGUGGGUUUCAUUUGUGAUAAAGAUACGUCAAUUGAUGCUGGUGUAGAAGGCAGUGGUGGUGUCUGCAAUACAGAGCAUUCCACUGAUGGUGAUCAUAUUGAUGGUUGUGUAGAAGGAAGUGGGGGUCAGUGUGAUGAAGGGAAUUCAACCGAUGUUGCUGUAGAGACUAGUGGUCAGGGCGCCAAUGAACACUGUUUGACUGACGUUGAGGCAGAAGACAAUGCAUUUGUUUUGGAAAUGUCUCCUGGGUUGACUAAGUAUUGGCGUCCAGUUUGCAGUGAUAGUUUGAAGCCUGUUUUGGGGCAAACGUUUGAUUCCUUGGAUUGUGCUAUUGUUUUUUAUAAACGGUAUGCUGGGUAUGUUGGUUUUGAUUGUAGACAGGGUACAAUUCGGAGGAGGAGGGAUGGUGUUGUUGUGGAGAGACAGGUAUUCUGUAGUCGAGAGGGGUUUAAAAAGAGUAUUUAUAGUACGCAAUCUACGUGUGUUGGUGAUGGUAAGCCCAUUGUUGUGAAGAGACGGAGGGUGACAAAUAAGGUUGGGUGCAACGCUAAAGUGGUGUUUAAGCAUAAGUCUAAUGGACUGUUUGUUGUGCAUUUUUUAGAGGAACGACACACUCAUGUGAUGUGUUCAAUCAUUGCUAAGCAGUUUUUAAAGGUGAAUCGUAGUCUUGAUGCUGGCCAUCAAAUGUUCAUUGCAAGUUGUGUUCGGGCAAAUAUUGGGUAUGUUCGGUCCUAUAAGCUGUUUAAGGAGAUUGUUGGUGAGUAUUCCAAUGUUGGUGCUACUGGGGUGGAUUUUAAGAAUUUCAAGCAUGAUUUGAUGGCAUACAUAUUGAAUGGUGAUGCUCAACUAUUCAUAGAUACGCUUUUUAAAAGGCGUGAAUUGUGCGAGGCUUUUGAGUUUGAAUAUGAUGUUGAUGACGUUGAUCAGCUUACAAGGGUUUUUUGGGCAGAUGCAGUAUCAAGGAAGAAUUUUGCAUUGUUUGGUGAUGUUGUUUUAUUCGAUGCUACAUACCGAUCUAACAGGUAUAAUUUGGUGUUUGUCCCAUUUACUGGAAUUGAUAACCAUAAGAGAUCCAUCACAUUUGGUGUUGGUUUACUUACGAGGGAAGACGUAGACUCAUAUGUUUGGCUUUUGGAGAGAUUUAAGAAAACCAUGCGUCAUGAACCUAUUUGUGUCGUUACUGACCAAGAUCCAGCUGUUAAGAUUGCAGUUGCUCGUGUGUUUGGUACAUCAAAACAUAGAUUCUGCAUGUGGCAUAUAAUGUGCAAGGUCGGUGAGAAGGUUGGACCGGUCUUAGCUAAGGACGAGGUGUUUAUGAGGAAGUUGAAUGGCAUUGUUUGGAACAAAUCUAUAGAUUCCAAAGCUUUUGAGGAUUCAUGGAGUCGUAUCAUAGAGGAAUAUGGUUUGGUUGAUAAUAGUUGGUUUCGUUACUUGUUCGAGUCUCGUACAUUUUGGGCAUCUCCAUACUUUCAUGAUGAGUUUAUGUCGAGAUUUGUUAGGACAACAUCUCGAUCAGAGUCUCAAAAUAGUUUUUUUGGCAGUUUCUCCAAUGGUCAUUCCAGUUUGGUUGAGUUUUUGGUGCAUUUUGAUAGUGCUAUUAGUGCACAACGACAUGCCCAAGCAAAAUUGACUGCUGACUCUGAAUCAUGCUUUCCUGUUUUGAAGACUCCAUUGGCGCUGGAGAAACAUGCAAUGGAUGUCUAUACCAUUUCUGUAUUUUAUGAUGUGCAAGUAGAGAUUUGUGAAGGUUGUUUUUCUUGUCGAGUGGUGUCUUUGUGUGAGUGCGAUGGUAAGGCAUAUUUUUUUGUGUUUAAAGAUCGUGGACUUGAGAGAAUUCCUUCUAUGUAUUUGGUGUCUCGGUGGACAAAGGCUGCUUGUUUGAAGCCAAUAUUUGAUAUUGAUGAUACGGUUGUUGAUCAAUCGGCUAAAGUUAAUGUUAGGGUGAUUACUAAGGGGUCAACAAUGGAGGUUCGUGAUCCAAUUAAAGUUAAGAACAAGGGCGGCGGGAAGCGGAUGAAGAGUGCAAGGGAGAAAGCUGUGAAUAAGUGUGUAAAGCAAUCAAGGAAAUGCCAUACUUGUGAUGAAUAUGGUCAUAAUAGUAGGACGUGCCCAUUAAAUGGCUAG